CACAAUGGCGUCGCACGGUGAUGUUUCUUGCCCCCCCUCGUCUUCUGAAGACCAUGGCGAGAAGAAAAAGACCUCAUUGUCGUUCGGUUUCGCUAAAACGGUGAGCAAAUUCAAACCUCCCACUGGCGACGCCGUGACAACGAAAAACGACAUCGAUUAUUUGACCGGAAUCACCAGGAAUGAAUUGCAGAGUACGAAGCCAUCUGAAGGUCCAUCGGAACGUGUCAUCCCUCUGAUCCUGAAGAACCGCUGGCGUGUCCUCGACCAAGAGGACCAGAUUCUUGGAAGUGGAGACAAAACUCAUAAAUCGGCGCAACGUAACGGCGAUGCAAGUGGAGACAAAAGUCCCGAGUCGAGUGACAAGAAUGACUCCGUGGAGGCACAGGCUGUCAAAGAGCUUAUUGAAGAAUCCAGGAGGAAGAUGGAGGAGUUGCAAUCGGAGGCUAAUCUCAACCUCACCAUCCCGUUGUUGGCGCAAAACAAGGUGCCUGAUGGCUUUGAGGAUGGAGCCCAUUUAAAUGUGGAGCUGCGGCCUCAACCGUCCACAGAAGAUGAUUAUGAGAAAGUUCCUGUUGAAGGGUAUGGACUCGCUAUGCUGAAGGGGAUGGGCUGGAAGAAAGGGGAAGGCAUUGGUCGAACCUUUAAACAGGAUGUGAAGCCUUAUGAAUACAAGCCCCGUGUAAUAGGCUUGGGUCUAGGAGCGGAUCGCUCGGCCAUAAAGGAUCUGGAACCCGGUAAACGUCGGCGCCCGCCCAAGCCCGGUGAGGAGCGGAACAAGGAGGAAGAAGAGGAGCACCUGGUGUUGGGUCGUGGCGGAUGUGUGCUGUUAGAGUCGGGGGCACAUAAAGAGCGCUAUGGAAAGAUCGAAGCUCUGGACACAGACAACGCUCGUGUUUUGGUGAAAUUGGCGAUUGGCGGUGAUGUGGUGUCAGUUCACCAGUAUGCUGUUAAACUGGUCGGGCAGAAGGAAUACGACAGAUACGGCAAAGACCUUAGUCGUCUCAGUAAAGCACAUAAAACUAAGGUAAAAGAGGAGAGUGAGCGUGACGAGCGACGCAAACGGGAAGAGAAAGAGAGGCGGCACACAGACGAGGUCAAAUGCACGACUUCCGGGAGAGACGGAGGAAAAGAUAACAGGAAAAGGAAACACAGAGAAUCCAGCCAUGACAGAGAGAAGCUACUGGAAAAAGAAGCAAGGCAACCUAAGGCGCCGCCCUCCUGGCUCCAGAGAGACUUGAAAGUUCGUUUUGUCGACCAAGCUUUCAAGGGGGGCAAGUACUACAACUCAAAGAUGCGCGUGGAGGAUGUCUUAACUCCGUCUACUUGCAUUUGUCGAACUGAAGAGGGAAGACUGAUAGAUGAUGUGAAGCAGGACAUGCUGGAAACAAUUGUGCCCAAAACUGAAUACGAUGCCAUCAUGGUUGUACUUGGUGAGCACCGGGGGCAGGUGAGUCCAAAGUCAUCUGGAUUUUCUGCAGGAUCGUUUCAAUGUGUUUUAGGUCAUGUGGUUACUGACUCACCUACAUAUCUAAAUGUGCAGGUGGGUCGUAUUCUGCAGCGGGACAAAAACAAGUGCAAAGCUAUGGUCCAGCUUGACAGAUAUGAGAAAAAACUCUUCACUUUGGACUAUGACUUUAUUUGUCACUAUUUGGGCGCAACAGACCACUGCUGAACUUCCAACAAAAUAACUUUUUGUAAUGUUUGUAAUAAAAUCAUGACUUUGCACAAAUGAUAGUCCGAGAGUGUAUGAAUUAAUAGCUUGAUAGAAUUAUCUUGGUCUGGAAUCUCCAAAACACACGGACAAUAUACAACUGGUGAAACUUAGUGUAUUGCUGGUUCCACUAAAUGAAGAUAACUAGAUGAUGAAAUAAAUUGGCCUUUUUCAAUUAUUUGACCAGCAAAUCAGUAGCGGGGGAAUAUUUGCAGUCUCAUUCACAUCCUCCAAUGGCUCGUGACAAACAUCCCCCUUAUAUUGGGUCAUAUAACGUAUUCACACCUGAUCUUGUUUUAAGAACUAUAAUGAAAAUAAAUUAAAAAAAAGAUGACACCGUGGUAAAAACCUUUUGUAGUGGCGAUGUUUGGGGUCACAGUUUAACAAGUGUAAAAAUGAGGUCACCACUGUUAAUAGGAAGAUGUUAAAAUAAAAUAAUGGAAAUCUAUUUAUCAUUUAUUUGCUUAAGACAGAACAUGCUCUUCCUCACUGACUUCAAUCAUCAGUGAGUCACUGUCACCGCUCUGUUGGAACAAUUGCAAGAUCAGAACGCCUGGCUUAUGCUCAUUGCCUACAAAAUGACCCAAGAUGACUCCUUUUCCAAUGUUACGACAAAAAUGAAGAACUGUUAUGUCAACCAGAAUACAUACAGCAUAGGUACAGCUGGGAGUUGGUGUUACUCCUUGACAAAUUGGUUAGCAGCGUUAGCGCGCAGUACAGCUCCUGGACUCGGGUACGGUCGUUGCUGGAACAGAGGCCCAGCAGCUGUUGUAUCGGCUCCUGUCUUUGCUUCGUUACGUUUGGGAAGGCCACUUGACCACAAGCCCCUACAAAGAUGAGCCCAGUUUUGCUCAACUGUGAUUACAUCAACAUCGGAACAUACAACAGGGCCAGGAAAUCAUGUGAUACUGUACCUUGGCGCAUCAGAAUAUGCACUUGGGUCCAUGGGGUCCACUUCAUCAUCUUUUUUACCUGAGGAGAGGAGACAAAUUGUUGGGGCACAAAAAUAGCUUUCAGAUAAUUUUGGCAGUGGUGUGCCGUUGAAGGCCUUCAGAGCCUUCUUUGUUGUCCUAAACACUGUCAAAAGCACUGACCUACAAUUACAACUUAAUUCAAUUACUCUAUUUAUAAUAUUUAUUUCCAACAGUCUUUUGUCUUCAUUCAUAGCAUGUGUGCAUGUGCUUUGCUCAACUUCCAGUCGUGUCCAGUCCUGUGUAUGUAUAUUUUUUUUUUGUCCAAUCAGAUUUCAGCUGCUAUGUGUUGCCAUGGAAAUGUUAUCUGCUUUAGGCUUUCAGAAUCCCAAGUGCUGGCGUCAACCAAGUCAAACACACACCGGCUGAAUCGGAUUUUAGAUGCACCACUCUGCGCCUUCACGCAGGCUGAGUCACGUUGGUAUUUUUCCCGUCCUCUGAUUGGUUCAGCUAAAUAGUCCUCUGAUUGGUUGAGCUGAAUAUGUGCAUGAAAAUUGAUUUACUGAAGAGGAUGAUUUUGGAUAUGAUUAAAAACUCAUUUUAAAGGCCACUUUAAAAAAAAAAACUGUGAGGGUAGGUCAACCAACAUACAGUGGGUACGGAAAGUAUUCAGACUUUACAGAUACAGAUUAUAUUGCAGCCGUUUGCUAAAAUCAUUUAAAUUCAUUUUUUUCCCUCGUUAAUGUACACGCAGCACCCCAUAUUGACAGAAAA